AGGAGUUUCGAAUAAACUUGGUAAUAUUGUGAUAAUGGCAAACAAUGCGCUAAGUAACGGUCGCAUUCAACAACCAACAGUUUCACAACGAUUAAGAGAUGAUAGGACAAAAAAAGUUGCCGACCUACCAUCGAUAGAAAUUCGAAAUUGGUUAUUACAUCGUCAUUAUACGAGGCGUGAAUAUAGAAUAUGUAAAAUUCUUAUUGAGGAAGAAUUAACAAAAUCUAAUGGUCACAAUGAAUAUGCAAAUUAUUUGAAGGGUCUUAUUCUGAGAAAAGAAGGUAAAGUUCAAGAUUCCUUAGAUAGUUUUCAAGCAGCUUACAAAGUAAAUUCAUCCAACGUUAAUAAUGUUAAACAAAUAGCUAAAUCUUUAUUGAUGAUGGGUAGUCAUAAACGUGCGGUCGAAGCAUAUUUAGAAGCAGACAAGACAACGGUUUUACCUGAUUGGGAUAUACAUUAUAGUCUUGGAGAGUGUUACGUCAAGUUAAACCAAUUACAAGAAGCGAAAAAGCAAUUUAAAAGAUCGAUCGAAUUAACGAAAAAUGAAUUACCGUAUCUCGCUCUUGCAAGAGUACACAUGAUGGAAGAUCAGAUAGUAGAAGCUAAAAAUGUUUAUAUCGCUGCAUUAAGUGGAAAUCCUGAAAGCGUAACUGUGUCCACAGAAUUAGGUUUGUUAUAUCUACGAAUCGGGGACAUUCAAAGAGCAUUUCAACAAUUUGGAACUACUUUAGCUUACGCGUCAAAUUGUUCUAAAGCUCUUUUACCAGUUGCUUAUAUAAUGCAAAAACAUUGCGAAUAUGACGUAGCAUUAUCUAAAUAUAAAAUAGCGGCUCAAUUAAUACCCGAGUCAUCAGCUCUUUGGAACAAUGUUGGUAUGUGUUUUUAUGGAAAACAAAAAUUUGUUGCUGCAAUAAGUUGCCUGAAAAGGGCUCAUUAUCUCAAUCCACUAGCAUUCUUACCAGUUUACAAUUUGGGUAUAGCAUUUCUUACAACUGGACAACCAGCAUCAGCUGCGAUUUAUUUAUGCGCUGCUGUCAAUGCCGAAUCAAAAAAUCCAAUGCCUUAUCUUUUACUUGGAUUGGCUCUUAAACGACUCGAUGAUCUGGAAGGUUCGGUAAAAGCCUUGGACAAGGCUCAUUCUUUGUUACCCCAAGAUCCAUUAAUACUAAUUAAUUAUGCUGUGAUUCUCGAUGCCACUGGGAAAGUUACAGAAGCUUCGGAAGUAUUAUCGGCUCUAAACGACAUUAUGGCUAUUAUUGACGUUGACUUGCAGAUAGCACAGAUGGCGAAGAAAUUGUCAAUGAAAUUACAACAACAAAAGUUAUCUAGUAAUUAA